AUGGUGAAGUGUAAAACCCCUGUAAUCACACUUCUCAUCCUCGGCUUCCUCCUUGGCAUUGGGGAAUGUAGGAAGCUCUCUGACACGUCUGCUGGUGGCGGUGGAGCUGGCGGCGGUGCCGGUGCCGGUGGUGGCACCAGUGUGCCUGGCGGAACUGGCUUUGGCAGCGGCUCUGGCAGCGGCAACGGUUCUGGCUAUGGCAGUGCGACUGAUCCCAAUGGCAGUAUUGGAGGUGGUGGCGGUGGCGGUGGUUCAGGCAAUGGUGGUGGUGGCGGCACCAACGGUGGGAGUGGCUCAGGCGCUGGUGCUGGAGCUGGUUCUGGUGGCGGCGGUGGCGUCUCUCAGAUUCCUGGUGAUGGCUGGUCCUCAGCGCCACUGCCUGUUGCUUUGGUUGCUCCCUCAUCGCUACCAGUUGCAUCCCCCGGCCUCGCACCAUCAGUUGAUGUGCUUGAUGGUGAAUGGGCAAAUGGAUUGCUUGUUGCUGUCCCGCCUGGUUUGCCCGUUGUUGAUGAUCCUCUCUUUUGA